AUGGAACUCGGAUUGGAGUUCGGACCGUGGAUGUGUCGUAACACCGGCCUGCUUGUCCGGACCAUCGACACUUUACCCAAAGCAAAGAAACUCACAAGUGUUGGGAUUGGUUCCAGGCAUCCUGGCUACUGGGAGACGUCUCGAGGAGUCGAAGAAACUGUGGACGUGGCAGACUGUAUGCUGCGACUCAUCGGGGAAAAGCAAAUCGAGAGGCAUUGCGUCGUGGGCUCACCCAAACGCUACAACAGUCAGGAUUUUGGUUCGAUUUGCUCCAUGCUACAUCGAGGCAGGACAUUGAAACGUCUCGAGUUCCGCCAUGCUUCGGGCAGUGCUGGAAGGCUGUCGCACGCGCUACUCGCGCUCAUGGAAUCGAACGCUACAUUGGAGGAGCUCAAUUUCUGUGAUGACGCGGGAGGAACACUUGACUACACGGCCUUUUCUCUCUGCCGAGUGAGCAGACUUGGUUGGGUCGUGGGGAGUCGAACGAGCUUGCUUAGAUCUACUUCUCUUGGAGUUCGAGCCCGCCAACUGGCUUCCGUGAGCAGCUGA